GGUGUCGGAUCUGUGCCAUGCAGCAAUUGCCACGACGAAGGACUGUUUUGGAGGUGCUCGUUUGAAACAGGUGUGAAUGUGUGCUGCGUGACUGUUGUAACACUGCUGCUGCAACCCAAAACUGUUAUAACCAAGUGAGGUGUGCAAAAUUUGGUAGUUCAUGAACAUUGUCGGUUUUCCGGUUCCGGUAACAUUAAUGAAACGUGCUCGCUGCUGCCAGGAAUUUACUUACACUCGCUGUGUUUGCCAGUCAGGUGCCGUGAAAUAAGCACUCAGCCAGCUUUUUGUCUGUCUGACAGUUGCAGCAAAAGAUGCCGGGUGGAGUUGUGUUUCUAGUCUCGGUGCCCACGGCAAAUUAUGAACGGCUUUUAGCUGAUGGAUUCAAUUACGGAAACAGCGAAAUUCUUCCACCCACUUCGCAGAAUCUGAAUAUCAACGUGCCGGAAAAUGCAGCUCCCCCAGGGCCAGGUGGAGAAAUUCGUAGUUUCGGGGGAUCUCAAGAAGCGGGAAAGGAUUCGAGCCCGGAAACCACCACCUCGAAUGCCAUUUUACGGAUGGAGCUCGAGCUGCGAGAUAAGCACGCCAUUCGAAGGCCGGCGCCAAAACCCGCCGGAAGAAUCGGAGGUCCGGGACUGCAGGCGGGGGCGAAAAAUCCAUUUAUUCCACCCGGUAAGGGAAUAAAACUGCAAAAUGAUCAUCAGACGAGCUACGUUCCGCUGGAAAAGGUACUUGAUGAGUUGCUGAAAAAGCUCGAAAUCGAGCACGUGCUCUGGCAGCCAGAUCGCGGGGGCCACUUCCUGCAGGUCCUUUUUCCGCUCGCUUCCGGUGAUCCCUGCGAGACGACGCUCCACUGCUUGACCGAACUCGGAAUAGGCGUCCGGGCGAACUCAACCGUCAGUGUGGUUCCAUGCAGUGUCAGCUAUGAUGGAUCCGGUAACGACGAUGAGGAUAACGAAUUCAGCGCCGAGGACGGAGCUCCGGAGGAAAACUCCAAAUGGAACAAUUUCGUGGACUCGAUCCGGUCCAAGCUGACGGUGAAGCAGGUGGUCGAUGGCGUACGUGCCGGGGGAUCUCUAUCGUUCGAUUAUCUGCUGCUUAUCGUUACGGCCGAUUCCCUGGCGGCACUCGGUUUGGUGGAGAACAACGCACCGAACAUUGUGGCGGCCAUGUUAGUAUCGCCAUUGAUGGGACCGGUCAUGUCCAUCACAUUCGGGGCCAUCAUCGCAGACCGGGAGCUUGUGAAAGUCGGCUUCAUCUCGCUGGGCCUCGGAAUGUUCAUCUCAAUUUUGUUUGGAUUCAUCUUCGGGCUGAUUCUCGGAACAACGGAAAUGCCCUGGGGCUUCGGAGAUUUUCCCACCGAGGAGAUGAAAGGCCGUGGCAACGCCCGGUCCCUCUGGAUGGGAAUUCUGUGGGCCCUCACGUCCGGAAGUGGAGUGGCAGUAGCGUUGCUGCAAGGAUCGGCGGGACCAUUAAUUGGGGUGGCUAUUUCCGCCUCGCUGCUUCCACCGGUUGUCAAUUGUGGUUUAUUCUGGGCGUUGGCCUGCAUCUGGCUGAUCUACGAUGACGUCAAAAUCCCACACCUGAAGGGAGAACCAUUCCGGGGCAAUUCCAGCUACCAGUUCCUGUACACCAACUACAUUCCGACCGAAUUCUUCAUCAGUGGAAUCGUUUCCGGGCUGCUGACUAUCAUAAAUGUCAUAUGCAUCUUUGUGACGGCAAUAGUGGUGCUCAAAAUUAAGGAAGUUGCUGCUCCCUACACUUCAAGUCCAGAUUUGCGACGGUAA